AUGGAUUACGAAGAAGAUAGUUCCCUCAAGCCAGAUGCUACCUUUACAAACUCUAGACCAAAAUGGGUUGAUGAUAGUAAUGUUACAUGUUGCUCUAAAUGUAAAUCACAGUUUACCCUUUUAAAUAGAAGACAUCACUGUCGUAGAUGUGGUUUAGUGUUCUGUCAAAAAUGCUCAAGCAAUACUGCCAAGAUCCCUCAAUUAAAUUAUAACUUUGUACCCGUUAGAGUAUGCGAUGGGUGUUAUCAAGAAGUAGAAAUGGUUAGCCAAGCUAUUUUAGGUUAUAUUGGAGCUAUCAUUGCUUCUGUCUUUUUUGGUUCAAAUUAUGUACCUGUAAAGAACUUUCCAACAGGAAAUGGUAUUGCAUUUGCAUGGGUAAUGUCAGUUGGUACGUUGUGUACUGCGUACGUGGCAAUGUUUAUUUCAGGAUCAUAUAUAUUUGAUCCAUGGGGAUUGUUGGGAGGAUCGUUAUGGAGUGUUGGUAAUUUGUGCGUCAUUCCAAUCGUCAAGACUAUUGGAUUGGGUCUUGGUUUGUUGUUGUGGAGUUGUACUUCAUUGGUGACUGGUUUCUUGAUUGGCAAGUUUGGUGCUUUUGGACUUGACAAGCAAUCAGUUGCACAUCCAGUCCUCAACUGGCUCGGAUUUUCCGCCAUCGUCGUUGCCAUUCUCUUUUUCUUUUUCAUCAAGCCAACAUUGAACAAGGAGGAGCCAACCACACCAUCUAAAAAGCGUCUUAGCCAACGUUACGAAUACUCACCCAUCGUCGACGAACAACAAAUCAGCAUCAACUCGACUGAAAACAGCGCACCUGUCGAGGGACAGAUGAUCUUUGAAAAGAUCCCCGAGCCAUACAACAAGAUCUUUGGUGUCAUGUUGUCUGUCUUUUCAGGCGUUCUCUACGGUGUCAACAUGGUCCCCAUGCAACUUUGGAAGCAACAACAACCAAGCGAUGUCAACCCACUCUCCUUUAUCUUUUGUCAUUUCUCUGGCAUCUUUUUGUUCAACACUGCCGUCUUUUUUGUCUACUCGAUCAUCAAACGUCCACCACAAGUCUUCCCACAAACCAUGCUUCCAUCAUUCAUCAGUGGUGUAUUGUGGGGUGUCGCCAAUUGUGGUCUCAUGGUUGCUACUCAAAUUCUCGGCUACACUAUUGGUUUCCCAAUCGGUUCGUCUGGACCAAUGGUCGUCUCUAGUUUGUGGAGUGUCCUCUUGUUCAAGGAAAUCCAAGGUACCAAGAAUCUCUUGAUUCUUCUCAUCUCUUUUAUUUUCUUGGGUGCUGGUAUUACUUGUCUUUCUCUUAGUUCUUAA